GAACAGGAUGUAUGUAGGUUACUGAUCUCCGGUAACUGUCAUCGAUUAAUUAGCCGUCCUCCAACUGUGCACUGGUCGACCAAUUGAUGGAAAUGAAAGCCACGCAACUGCUAUUGAAAGCUCGAUGGCGAUAUUCAGAUGUAACUAAUCUUCAGGAUGGUGUGUAUGUGACCUCCUGUGUGGCGGAGUUCUUGACAUGGAAAUCCAGUGCGAAAUUCGAAAAGAUAUUCGGUUCAGAGGCCGGGAAAGAUCUCUUUGCAAAAUUCCAAGAUUUGAGAUUGUCUGUAAAGAACAACCAAUCCACAGAUGACGAAAACGAUUGUGAAUCAAACGGCCGUGACGGACAAUUCAAUGGCCAGACAGUGAGGAGGCGGAAACCGAUUCUUUGGCAGUUUUUGAUGUGUCUUCUUGAGCUGGAAAGUACAAAGCCACAUAUUCGAUGGAAGGAUAAAACCUAUGGAUUGUUUGAAUUGACUGAGGAUAAGGGUACAAAGUUUGUCGCUUCCCUCUGGGGUAGGGCGACGAACAACCCGAAAAUGACCUAUGAUACAAUGUCGCGUUCUCUGAGAAGCUACAAGGAAAAUGGAAUAUUUUUUCCAUCAACACCUCCGUUGACUCACCGCUUCAACUACGAACAUCCAGAGAUUGUGCGCUUCCGUGAUUCUUUGAAGGAUACACAAAACUGUAAACCAAUGUUGAUGUUUUCGAAGUUGGUUGAACAAGAGCUGCGUCUUAGUAGAUAGUUUGCGGGUUACAUCUUUUGCACUGCACUGCAUCGUGUACGUUUGGAUCGAAGUACAAUUUAUGAUUUCCGGAUACCAAUUUCAUAUAGAUUUCACGGCUCGGACGAUUAUUAGAUGAGAGGCAGGAUUAUGAAAGAGUUUUUCUUGAUAUCGGUCAUGAAAUUUACCAAUUACGUAUAAUCAUAUCUCCUAAAACGAUGAAGUUCGAGCGGCACCUAUGGCUGUGUUUGACUGGACGCGAUCUAUUUGAGCGGGAUGGAUCUUCAUACAUCAAGUCACCCAUAUAGGAGAGGCGGACUAGCUUGAAGGAAAUCGUAUUUCAGGUAGAUUAUGAAGCACCAGCCGAGACCCAACCAUUUUACUGCCAUAUUUUGCUUGUGAGUGUUUUAU